GGAUGAGAAGUCUGAAACUGGUUCUCACAAGAGUUUGGACCAUGAGGUAACUGGCACAGGACGAGCUCUUUUCGCUCGCUUUCCUCAGCUGACACAGUGAGAAGAAUGUUUUAACGCUCACAGCUUACAACAACCGAAAAUAAUGUCGAAAUGUUGCUAUAAUGCUCUUAUAUAUUUAAUAAGUCAACGGAGCAGUGGGAUUUUCUAAAGCCAAAGUGGAAUAACGAACACUCCGUAAGAGGACAGACUCAGUUUGAACAACAUUUCCCAUAAGCUGUGUGGCUGCCACCCCUCAUCCCCACAUCUUUCAUACUGAACAAAAACCCAGACAGCUCAGCAGACACACAGAGGACCACAACAUGUCUACAAGUAUCAUCAGUCAGCCUUGUAAUCACGACAGCAAGGGCAGUUUCUUGAAGCUGAUCGACUCAUUUGCCUGGGAAAUUGUCACGCUGAAGAAGGAGAUGGGGAAAAACAGUGAGUCUGGAGGAGGAGACCAGAAGACAGAAAAUCUUGUGGGGCUUGGUGAAGAGGUGGGAGGCCUCUUCCUCCAGGCCUCACCUUGUGCAGGGAUCAGUGCAGGGCUACGUGGUGCCAGAGACUCUGGCUACGACUCACUCCACCGGCGCCUCAGUAUGCUGGACAGACUGGUGCAUACGCACGCUGUUUGGCUACAGCUGGGCCUCAGCCAUGAAGAAGCUGCACAUAUACUGCAGAACCAACCAGCUGGGACAUUCGUGGUGAGGAAGUCAACCAGCCUGCAGAAAAAAGUCAUAUCUCUGCGCAUGGAUAAAGACUCCAGCAUUUCUGUAAAAGAUUUUCCCGUAAAGGAGAGCCAGUACACUUUCUCUCUAGAGGGAUCAGGCCUGAGCUUUGCAGACCUUUUCCGCCUCAUGGCUUUCUGCUGUAUCAGCAGGGAUGUGUUGCCAUUUACUCUGAAGCUUCCAGAGGCCAUCACUUCAGCCAGAACAUUUUCUGAUCUUGAGGAAGUCACUAAGCUUGGAGCAGGCUUUUGGGACGCUCAGUUGUGCUGCAGGAGGAAGAACUCAGUGUCGUUAACUGGGAGAGCAGCUCCUAAUAGACCACCCCUACCUACCCAGAGACCAAUCUCCUUGGCAGCUUCCUCAGGACACCCUCGGCUUCAAACUCGCACCCCAUCUGAGCUUGGGUGUUGCCAAGCCAAUGGAGCACUGUGUUUCAUCAACCCCCUCUUCUUAAAAGUCCACCAGUCAGGUGAUAAUCAGAGCUCCACACCCAACACCCCUGACACAGCAAAGCAAGACCUGAGAGAGGAAGCUGAUAACGGAAAAAGCAGCAGUAAGGGAGUGCAAUACUCGUGUGGUGACAGUCUUCAGGUCUGCAGCCAUAGCAGCCAGUCAGAGCAAGGAAACCUGCAGAACCUUCACAGAAACACAGACAUACAAAACAACAGACAAACCAGAACAAUUCAGAAACUAAGCACUACAGAAAGUACGACACGGUUUCCACCCCCUCGGCCACCUCCACCUCGCUUUACAGCACGACACUCUGCCCCUCCUGUUCAACAGCGCAGCAUGCCAGAAAAGAUCUCCUGGAUAAAGGAGAACGUGGAGGAGAGGGAGAGAGGCAUCAGCCUCCUUUCUCGCCUUGGCUCCUCGCUCAGUAUCAGCCCAUCAUCCUCCCCACCUAAGAGACUUGGCAUCAGCUCCCCCAUAUCCAUCCCCCGGCCAUCCCUGCCUGUCUCUCUGCCAUCUCUCUCCUCAUCUCCACGUCGAACCAAAGUCUCUCCAACAUCCAGUCUAGAGGAUGCUCAAUGUCACAUAGCUCUGGAGGACCGGACCAUUGAGAAAGCCCUCAUCAGGGCCAAACUGUCCCGAAAAAAGACUGUACCCUUCUCCCAGAACUCCUGCAAUCCUCCAGACGCCUCGCUGGUAACAACAGUCCAGCAUGCUGAGGUGGCUGGAGGAGAGGAAGAAGCAGUAGAGGAAUGCAGCGGGGGCAGCCAGCGGCUCAGUGACAUGAGCCUCUCCACAGACUCGUCAGAUUCGCUGGAUUUCUCUCAGUCCUCGGGGUUCUUUAUGCCUCCCAUCCAUGACCCCAGCCUCCCCACUAUGGCUGACUUCAACACCCACCUCCCCCUCUCCCUCCCACCUUCCCCCCUUGGCUUCUGUAGUAUGGAGGAAGAUGAUGAGGAGGAGGAGGAUGAUGAAGAGGAAGAUGAGCCGGACUAUGGUGUCAGCCUGGAGAGCGAUCAGGACCAAGACCAGGACCUGACCAUGGUGCCACCUGGACACCGCACAAAGCGUCGCACCAGUGCCAGUGCUUUAGUCCUCCAGAAGGCCCUGCGAGGUCAUCUGCGCAAAGUGAGCGGUGUUUUCAACUCGUUGCUGACACCUGAAAAGAGGGCAGUCCGCAAGGUCCUGGAGCUGGCCAGAGAUAAAAGCUCGUACUUUGGCUCUCUGGUGCAGGACUAUCUGAACUACAUGGGUGAGGGUGCUGACACCCAGGCUUGGCAGGGCUACGCCUCUGGAUUGGAGCUGCUGCAGACUCUCCGCCAGUUUAUUACUCAGAUGAAGAGCUACCUGCGACAGAGCUCCGAGAUGGAACCACCCAUCGAGAGCCUCAUCCCAGAAGACCAGAUUGACCAGGUCCUAGAGAAGGCAAUGCACAAGUGUGUCCUGAAGCCACUCAAAGCGGUGGUGAGCGCCGCCCUACAUGAGUUCCAGAUACGCAGUGGGGAGUGGCAGGAGCUGAAGGAGAACCUAUCCCUGGCCAAGGCCAAGCAGCCACGAGAAAUGGGCGUGGCCGAUGCACUACCCCCGGACCCAGUGGCCAUAGAAAAGAUCAAGCACAAGUUCCACACCAUGUGUAAACUGUACUCCCCAGAGAAGAAGGUCAGCAUGCUGCUGAGAGUCUGCAAGCUCAUCUACACCAUCAUGGAGGACAACUCGGGUCGUCUGUAUGGCGCUGAUGACUUCCUGCCAAUGCUGACCUAUGUGUUGGCCCAGUGUGACAUGCCUCAGCUGGACAAUGAGAUACUGUACAUGAUGGAGCUGCUGGACCCCUCACUGCUCCAUGGAGAAGGUGGCUAUUACCUGACCAGUGCCUAUGGAGCCAUGUCCCUGAUCAAGAACUUCCAGGAGGAACAAGCAGCCAGAGUGCUGAGCUCAGAGACCAGAGACACGCUCCGCCAGUGGCACCGCCGCCGCACUGCCCAGCGCUCUGCGCCAUCAAUCGAUGACUUCCAGAACUACCUGCGGGUUGCACUGCAGGAGCUGGACAGCGGCUGCACAGCCAAGACCCUGCAGGUGCGACCUUAUGCCACCGUGGAAGAGGUGUGCCAGCUGUGUGCCCGCAAGUUCAAAGUGUCUGACCCUGAAAACUACGGCCUGUUCUUGUUGAUGGAGGGCAGCAGUCAGCAAUUGGCCCCAGACACUCACCCUCAGAAGAUAAAGGCUGAGCUGCACAGCCGCCCGCAGGCCGCUCCCUUCUACUUCGUCUUCCGCCGCGUGGCCAGCAGCAACACCCACCUGUCAGCUCCCAUCCAUGUGGCACCCAACCUCAAUGACCUCACCGUGACCUCUGACGCAAAGGCCAACCUGAAUGACCUCAGUAUAGACCCGUCAACCGAUUCCCCCAAACCCAGAGUCAGCUUAGGCCUUAGCCUGCCACCAAGCCACCUCAGCAGCUCCAUCUCUUUGUGACUGUCACAGCAAGCAGAAGCCUGAACAAGCUCUUUGUGCCGCAGUGUCACCCAGUAACUCC